AUGGGACAGAAGGGGUUGCGAGCUGUUGGUGGGAAGAAGCAUGGAAUUCGUGCUCAGCUGGUAGGAUGAAUAUAUGGCUUAGGAAAUGCAUUUGCAUAGGUUUCAAAUUACGGUCUUCAAAUAAAAACAUCUUGGAGAUCCCAAGCCACAGGGAGGUUAGGCUGGCCUCAGCCAGAGCCAGGGCUUUUUCAGCCGUGGCCCCGAUCUGGUGGAACGCUCUGUCACAAGAGACUAGGGCCCUGCAGGACUUGACAUCUUUCCGCAGGGCCUGCAAGACAGAGCUGUUCCACCAGGCCUUUGGCCAAGGCACAGUCUGACCCCCUCCUUUGGUAAUUCUUCACAGAACUCUAGCCCAGUGGUUGCCAUUAAUUUGAUUUUGAAUUGAUUUUAGAAUUAGUUGAUUUUAGAAUGCAUUUCAAUUAAUUGAUUGUGAUUUUAUGUAAAUUGUGUUACUUUUAUUGUUGGUAGCCGCUCUGAGCCCGGCUUCGGCUGGGGAGGGCGGGAUAUAAAUAAAAUAUGAUGAUUAUGAUGAUGAUGAUUACAGACCAGGUAUUUAGAAACCUGGCUAAAUGGGCAUCCAAUGGAUUUCCAGACAUGUGAGAAAAACAUUGCAAUAUAAGAUCCUUACAGGUGCCUUGAUAGUUUGCGAGGAGUCAGUAAGACCGCAGACAAGAUAAUAUUUCACUGUUGGGUAUUUCUAACACAAGAUACUGCUGUAAUGUCCAAAGUGGGCAGACAUUCAUGAAUUAAACUUCGCCACUGAUGUUGUAAGCACCAUGUUAGAAGCCAACACGUUGGUUUCAUUAAUUAUAGUGAUGUUUUUGAAUGCCUAAUAAAGAGUCUCCUUGUUCCUUCCAGCUCCAAGGUUCCUUGAAGAGAAAACUGGUGGUGAAUCUGUCGCCAGCCAUUAACAAGAGGUCCAAUGGCAUUGCCGACUGCACCUUCCUUGAUAUUAAGAGGAUCCGAGUGGGUGAUAAUAACCUUUCUGUGGGGCAAGGUGGACACUGUGGCAACAAUUGCCCAAACCAGCCAGUGUUGGGAACCUUGACGGCUGAACAAGGCGCUCAGAGGAAAGUCAGCAGCCCAACCGGCAACAUCCACUCAAACGCAAACGGGAUGUUCAACAUGACUCUGAAGGAGGUCAAGAAAGAGCCUGGUGAAACCAGCUCUUGCAGUAAGCACCUGGAUGGGCAGGGCUCCCAGGGCAAUCCUUUCCCCAAGCCAUACGGAGAAGACGCAGGGGAACAGUUGAUGGACCCAGAACUUCAGGAGCUGUUCAAUGAGCUGACAAAUAUUUCGGUGCCGCCCAUGAGCGACCUUGAGCUGGAAAACAUGAUCAACGCCACCAUCAAUAAAGACGAGCCCUUUAGCAUCGACCUCGGGCAGCAGGUCCAGAGAGCGCCCUCGGCCAGGUCUUCCUCCUUGCAGAUGGACAAGAUGGUGAUCAAGCAAGAGUACUCACCAGGUCUGAACCAGGCUUCUGUGGGGUCUCCCCAGAUGAGACCUUCUUCCACGGGCCCAGCUUACACGAUGUCCGGGGCCGCUAUGUCCGCCUCAUCGCCGAUUGCUUCAGCACCUCAGACUCAGACUCCUCCAUCUCAAGGGUCUUCAGUUCCCAACCGGCCCUUGGCCAGCUGGCAGGAGGUCUCCCACGCCCAGCAGUUGAAGCAGAUCGCCGCCAACCGACAGCAACAUGCCCUUAUUCAGCAGUGCCAGCAAAGCCAGCCGCCGUCCCCCUGGCCCGCUUUGACGUCCGCCGAGCCUUCUCCCGGGUCCUUCGUCCAGGAGAAGAUCUCCAGCCCUCCUUUCCACCAGCAGCAGUUCAGCCCUCAAAGCUCCGGAAUGCCUGGGAAUGGGAACCAGCCGAAAGGGAUAAAUAACUACCUUUACCGGCCAAGCUCCAUGCCCCAGGGCAAUCCCAUGAACAUGAUGAUGCAGCGAAAGCCUCAGGACCUCAACAGGGGUUAUAUAAGCAGCGGCCAGAUGUCUCUGGAGGAGCCUCAGAACAACAUCAAGCCUUUGUUUCAUUUCAACCCGGAGCAAGCCAGCCAGCAGAUGCCUUCCGUUUUGGGUUCCCAAAACAAGCCUUCCAUUCUGCACUAUGCACAGCAGCAGCAGCAGCAGCCUAACUCUGCCGCGGUGCAACAACAGAACCAGCAGCAGCAGACACGGCCACCCCAGCCUCUCCCAAGCCAGCCUCUGCAGAGGCCACCGAACAUACCCUUAGCUUUGCAGCAGAAGAUCCUGCUGCAGAAAAUGCUGCAAGGCCAGCCGGUUUCGGGGCUUCAGUAUCCUGUCCCGCCUCAGCACCAGCUGGUAAGCUUGCUUCUUUCAACAGGGUGGUGCAAUGAUUUGUGAAAAUUACCAUAGUAGGGUUGGGAGGGGAAGGGCUUUCUACAAUCCUAGAAGCAGAGAGGAGAUGCAGGGGCCUUUUAGCAGGCCACCUGGUUCAGGAUAGGGGACCCUAUGGAGGCGGUCAACCUACAAUUCCCAUAAGCCCCAGCAAACGUGGCCAAUGAACAGGGGUGAUGGGAGUUGGAGUUUGGCAACAUCUGGAGGGCCAGAGGGUCCCCACACUGGAUGUAGCCUAACCCCUCCCUUCCUGCUCGACACAGGAAAUCCCAAGUUAAGAGUGACCCCCAACAGAGGGCCUUCAAGCCAUCUGCUUGAAGAUCUUCAGCAAGGGAGAGCACACUGUCCUUCAAGAUACAGUGGUACCUCGGGUUACAAACACUUCAGGUUACAGACUCCACUAACCCGGAAGUAGUACCUCAGGUUAAGAACUUUACCUCAGGAUGAGAACAGAAAUUGCAUGGCGGUGGCACAGCAGCAGCGGGAAGCCCCAUUAGCUAAAGUGGUACCUCAGGUUAAGAACGGUUUCAGGUUAAGAACGGACCUCCAGAACGAAUUAAGUUCAUAACCAGAGGUGCCACUGUAAUAGGUUCCGCAGUUGGACCGCUCUGACCAGCAAGAUAUUUCUCCUACCAUUCAACAGAAAGCACCCACGUUGCGUUGCCAUUUGAAUUGUAUUGCUCCCAGCGCAUGUGUGCCAGGGGCAAGGCUGGUGGAAUCCAGAUGGUGGCGCCAAUGAGUACAGGUGUUUUGCUCCGUCGGGGCCAUUCCCUAAGGCCUCAUCACCACUCAAAUGAGUCACACAUCAGCUGCAGAGAUGGGGGCAGCCGCACCAGUGGUGCCCUGCUGGGACCCAAGGGCCCUAGAAUUUGCCUGAGGAUCCUGUGUCCUGGCGCCAGGCCUGCACUGAGAUAUUGCUGGGAGCUUGAAUGCAUCUGUAGCCGACAAAAUUAGGAGAAAUUGCUGAUGGCUCCCAGCACAUUUCCAAGCACAAUUCGAAGUGUUGGUGCUGACCUUUAAAGCCCUAAACGGCCUUGGCCCAGCAUACCUGAAGGAGCGUCUCCACCCCCAUCGUUCAGCUCAGACGCUGAGGUCCAGCUCCAAGGGCCUUCUGGCGGUUCCCUCCCUGCGAGAAGUGAGGUUACAGGGAACCAGGCAGAGGGCCUUUUUGUUAGUGGCGCCCGCCCUGUGGAACGCCCUCCCAUCAGAUGUCAAGGAAAUAAACAACUAUCUGACUUUUAGAAGACAUCUGAAGGCAGCCCUGUUUAGGGAAGUUUUUAAUGUUUGAUGUUUUAUUAUGUUUUUAAUACUCUGCUGGGAGCUGCCCAGAGUGGCUGGGGAAACCCAGCCAGAUGGGUGGGGUAUAAAUUUAUUAUUAUUAUUAUUAUUAUUAUUAUUAUUAAACCAGCCUCAAACUUACAUGGAGAAAUCAACAAAGGGUUGAAAAAAUGAGAUACUGAGAGAAACCAAGGUGGGCAGAUUUGCCACUCAGUGGUUGAGCAUCUGAUUUGCAUGCAAAAGGUCCCAGAUUCAAACUCUGACAUCUGUAGGGCUGGGAAUGUCACGUGUUUGACACUGCCAGUCAGUGUUGACAGCCUUAAGUUAGACGCACCAGCAGUAUGACUCAGUAUAAGGCAUAUUUAGGUUCCUAAAUAUGGCGAGGCCGGUAGCAAAAUGAUAGCCGCACAAACAUAAGAGCAUAGGAGUCCAGAUGGAACUGAGCAAGGGCCUAUACAGUCCAGUACUUUAUUCCCACAGUGGCCGAUCAGACGCCUGUGGGUUUGUGUCAGGUUUUUGGGGGGUUUUUUGCUUGAGCUCAGAAUUUUCAGACAUGUAAACAGAGAGGUGGCACAAGGCGAGGACUGUCUCCUGGCUGCUGAUGCCUCAAUGGCUUUUAACUGUGCAUUCAGAAAUGUUCCUCUGUACUCUGAGGGUGAUGUUGCAUUUGGUGGGAUGUGCAAAAUGUCUGCACAAACUCAGUCUAACAUCUUCCUGUCAAUCUCAGCUUUCUGACAGGGUUGCAAUGUAUUUAUAUUUAUAUCAGUCAAUAACCAGUAGAGAAGGAAGAAGGAAGAAAACAGAGCACAUAAAACACUCAGGAGUUCCCACUCAGUCAUAAUAACAAACCAUUGUCCGACAUUAUAUGAAUAAGCCUCAGGUUUAUAUGCUGUUCCUUCCUUCCUCCCUUGUUCUCAUAUGUUCAUGGUUUGUAUCAAACCACAGUUUCCUGUUUAAUCCGAAUAGAGGAAACUGUGGUUUGUACAAACCGUAUUUUACUAACAAACUAGGAGACCAAACCACAAUCUAAUCUUGGUUCAUUUCCUGGUUUGUUAACUGUCUUUUGUACAAACCACAGUUUCCUAUAUUCAGGAAAUUGCAGUUUGCCACAAGCCAUGAAAAAAUGUUUUAAAUCUCCACCCCUUCAAUUGUAAAGGAGGAUGGCAGGGUAUGGACCAGCAUGCAGGUUCAAUGCUCAUCUUUGCUUGUGCAGCAAAUACAUAACCAUGGUUUGCCAUUAUGUCUGAGCCGAGUCAGUAUCCGUUCUGCAGAAGGAGGUUGUUCGUGACAAACUUGUUCGCUAACAGGCAUCUGAAAUGUUGUGGCAGAAGAUAAUUUCUCAGCCACCAGUGCUUACUAAGCAGAGUGCUUUCUUAAUAAGCAUUGCUACAGAGGCUGAAUUGAGGCCACCGUUAUUUAAAAAGCAGGGAAACGUAAGCACACAGGUCUCGGAAAACAGUUGUAGCUCUCCUGUCAAAGAAGGGCGCUGCAACUGGAACUCUUCCUAAAUGUGUACAUUGUUUUUAUCCACAGCUGAUAACCCUCUGUAAUUUUCUGGCUCUAAAGUCUCGAAAAAGCACUUUGAGACAUGUCUUUAUCAAGCUAAAGCUUGCUAAGUGAAAGCACAAGGCUUAUUUCUCUGCCUGUCACUGGCGCUUUGUGUCAGGCCACGGGUGGGGGAGGAAAGGAUUUUCUAACUUCAUGGCUUCUGCCUUUAGGGACUGAGCAUACGAUUGAAAGAGAAGCGCUUGGUUUCUCGAGAAACGGGGAAAUGAAGGCAGUAGUUUGUGCCACCGUCCAGGAUUCCCACCCACCCACAACCCUGCUUCUUCUGUGUUGCUUUGCAGGAGAGACUUUCCACAUGCUUGUUCUUCCUUUCUCAAAUUUCUACAUUCUCUGUGAUCUUCCACAUUCCCCUUGAAUACCAGUUUAGGUGAGAUUUGGUAGCGUUGUACGUGCAUGAGUGUGCAGCUGUGUGCACACGCACACAUUCAUACAUGCACAUGAAAUUUCAGUCAUCUUAUCCCUGCUCCCCUUUCCAAAGUGACUGAAGUCGGGGUGGGAAGGGGAGAGAGAUUAAGACCACAUAUUUUAAAAAAUGUGUGUGGUAUCUUACAAUAACAUACAAAUCACGUGUUCAAGCACCUUUGGAAACUCGCUUCAGAACGAUCUUGACCUCUGAGAUGAACAAACAUACCCCUACCCUAUACUAUUGACUGAGCUGCUCUGAUGUCGCAGUGAGCUAUGGGAGAAUGACCCACAACCCAUUGGCCUUAUCAAAUGUUUAUUAUGGGAAGGAAGCAGCGUAGCCGUGAUCCUUUAAAAAUAUGCAUUGCGACAAGUGCAAUUUCAUGCGUAGAAUUCCUUGCAGAGAGGGAGACUUACACAUGUGCAGAACAAUGGGUUUUUAGUGCAGGUCAAUUGUACAGUCAUACCUCGGGAUGAAUAUGCUUCAGCUUAAAUAUUUUCGGGUUGCGCUCCGCGGCGACCCGGAAGUAACAGAGCGUGUUACUUAUGGGUUUUGCCCAGACACUGCAUGCGCAGACACUCAAAAUGACGUCAUGCGCAGAAGCGACGAAACGCGACAUGCAGUCAUGUCUUACGUUCGCUUCAGGAUGCGAACAGGGCUCUGGAACGGAUCCCAUUCGAAACCAGAGGUACCACUGUACAGUGGUACCUCGGGUUAAGUACUUAAUUCGUUCCAGAGGUUCGUUCUUAACCUGAAACUGUUCUUAACCUGAAGCACCACUUUAGCUAAUGGGGCCUCCUGCUGCUGCCACGCCGCCAAAGCACGAUUUCUGUUCUCAUCCUGAAGCAAAGUUCUUAACCUGAGGUAAUAUUUCUGGGUUAGCAGAGUCUAUAACCUUAAACGUAUGUAACCUGAAGCGUAUGUAACCCGAGGUACCACUGUACUGCUGUCAACUUUGAUCCAGAGUGCAUGUUUUUCCUGCAGAACAUCCAGGCCUCUGUACUCUAUAUCCCAAAGGUAUCAUCAGUUGUGGUAGUCUAGUGUCCCAUCUUUUAAGAACCUGCCACCCUCAGGAGGUUUUUGGAUUACAGCUCCCUUCACUGGCGUUGCUGGCUGUCAGGUGUUGCUCAAGGACAUCUGUAUCCCCCACCCCGAUCUCAGGAAGGGAUAUGCUCAAUCUGAAUUAAAACACCCAUAGUUAAAACAUCGCAUGAUUCUGUUUUGUAAAAUAGUCGUUUUUCUCUACGCUGCGUGACGCAUUAACCAUAUUGGCAAGCGCAGAAACAAAACAGAACACAGCUUUGGAGAGGAACCCUGUUAUUAGCGUCACCUGUGAACACACCCAGAUGGUUCUCUCCCCUCCCCAAAGGAGCUCAAAACAAGUUAGAAGCUAUUAGUGACCCAUUAACCAAUGGAUUUGCACAUUAAUGGUUCAUUAAAGUCAUAUGUGAAAGGGAGGCGGGGAAUUAGGGAGGCUGGAAUGUUUGCUCUGAGGACCCAUAGAUUCCACGGAGGGCAGCAGUCCUCAGCGCUCGCAGUGCUUUGAUCAAAAGAAGACUGAAGCUAAUGAGUCACUUCAUUCGUCUCCAGUGCGCUGUGCGUCGUCCAUUGGGGCGGGGACCUCUCUGUAAAGGAAAACCAAACAAACCAUGGCCAGGUCUGUAUUUGUCUCCCAAUUAGUGAACCCACCAGCAAUGCAGUGCACUGAGCCUGAACAAUAAUAACAUGGCCCUUCUGUUCCGGGGACAAGUGAAAUUAAGCAUACGGAGUCGAACACAUGGCAGGUUGCUUCGCACAUGGCUUCUCCGGGAUGAUGCUCAGAGGAACGCAGGAAGGUGAUUUAUGCUGAGUCGGACCCAUCGGUCCAUCUAGUUCAGUGUUUCUCGACACUGGCUGGCAGCAGCUCUCCAAGGUUUCAGACAGAGAGCCAGUGUGGUGUAGUGGUUAAGAGUGGUGGCCUCAUAAUCUGGUGAACCGGGUUCGCGUCUCCGCUCCUCCACAUGCAGCUGCUGGGUGACCUUGGGCCAGUCACACUUCUCUGAAGUCUCUCAGCCUCACUCACCUCACAGAGUGUUUGUUGUGGGGGAGGAAGGGAAAGGAGAAUGUUAGCCACUUUGAGACUCCUUUGGGUAGUGAUAAAGCGGGAUAUCAAAUCCAAACUCCUCCUCUUCUUCUUCUUCUUCUUCUUCUUCUCCUUCUCCUCCUCCUCUUCCUCCUCUCCCAUCCCUACCUAGAGAUGUCAAGGAUUGAACUUGGAACCAGCGGCAGCUGGGACCCAUUAGGCACGGCAGGGUGGUCAGUAGAGGGUAGAUUCAGAGCCAGCGACAGACAGAUCUGACUGAUUGUAAGUCACAAGAGAGGCACCCGGGGGCUGCCUGGCUGAGCGCAGCCUGACCCUGGUGGGGCAUCUGCCUAAAUGGACCAGCCUCUGUUGCUUGGAUCCUUCUGCAUACAAAGCAAAUGUUCUGCCCCUGAGCUACGGGCCUCCCCCAUGCUGGUGGGUCACAAUCCUGGCCUCUUUAGGGUAAGCAGUGCCCUUCCAUUGAGCAGAAUUUUGGCCUUACUGCUGAAAUCUGAAAGACCAAAGUCUGCCCUUGGCUAAAGGGCCAUUGACUUGAUCCAGCAGGAUCUUCUUAGGGUCCUUAGAACUGAAUUUAAGAUGGGGGGAGUGGAACGAGAAAACCGAGAGAAGCCAGAAUUGACAUAUUUGCCAGUUCUCUAGUUCGCAAGGACGUCUCUCUACUACAGCAGAGCUGCCCCUGGAACCAAAAUGCUAGUUGUGCAAAAAAGGGCUUCAGAAGGCAUGUCCGUGUUGCAGCCUCGAGACCUGCAGGCCCACUUUUAAGGCCUCUGUCUUCUGCCACAUCAGAGUAAAUGGGUCAUGUUGUUCAUGGAAAUUACGCUGUGUGCACUGAAGCGGGUUUGUGUGUGUGUGAGUGGGCCACGGAGAGGGGAGAGCGAGCUCAGAAUCAUUUACUGCAUCAAGAACAGGAGCACUAAAGAAACCAUAUAUAUCCAUCAAUCACUUUCUUUGUUGAGACUUCCUGAGAGAUUGAUGAAUAGGCCCUCUGUGUGGAAAUAGCAAGUCCGUAAAAGGCCCGUAAAUUAUAAAUUUGUUCAUCUCAAAUACCGCAUGAGCGAAAGGGACUACGAACUAUUGACGCUGGAGGACAGCGAGAGCUGGUGAUGAAGCCACAGGAGUCUGGAGUCAAUGUCACCUAAGGGUGUUCAAGAGGAGCAUUUAUUUUAUAUAAAGAUAUUAUACUGUCCUUAAAGGGACCUUGACGGCUUUUUACAAAAAAAAUUAAAACUCCAACAACAACAUGAAAUAAUAGUCCGGAUAAGUCACACAUCAUUCAAGUAACCUUCCCAAAUCAAAAUCAAAAUAUUUAUUUUAAUGACAUUUAUAUACCAUACCCUCCAAUAUUUCUCUGGUGAAAACAGGGACGUCCUGUUCCAUAAUAAUGAGAAUAAUUUUAUUGUUUAUACUCCACCCAUCUGACUGGGUUACCCCAGCCACUUUGGGCAGCUUCCAACAUAUUAAAAACAUAAUUAAACAUUUAAAAACUUCCCUGUACAGGGCUGACUUCAGGUGUCUUUUAAAGGUUGUAUUAUAUUAUAUUAUUACUUAUCUCCUUGGCUUGGGUCGCAUAACUCCACACCCUCCAACAUUUCUCCAGUGAAAAUAGGGGCAUCCUAAGGAAAAGGAUCAAUUCAGAAACUGGCCCAGCUUAUGUAAAUCCGGGACUGUCUAUGGAAAAUAGGGACACUAGGAAAGUCUGAUAAUACCUCUUGAUUGUAGUAAAACAUCUAGUGGUUUGCGAGAAAUAAUAACCAUUAAAACAAGGUGAAACUAACAUCAAAUUGUAAGCGGAGCUGAAACAUCCAGGUGUUAAAGGCCCAUUUACAAAUAGACAGGAAGGGAGCCAAGUGUACCUCCCCUUGAAAGCACAGUUUGUAAGUAUGGGGCCAGCACAGAAAAGACCCUGUUUGUUGUGCCCUGACUAGUGAGUAGGACUACUAUGGCCAGUCUUCAGGCUCAGGCAAGUUGAAGCAGGUGAUCCUUCAAACAGCAUGGUCCCAAACUGUUUACCUCUUGAAAGAUAAUCACCACCACCAUAAAUUGGGCCCAUCAGCACAUCUAGUACAGAAUCAGUUCUGUAUUUUCAGAUUGCCCAACCGCCACAAGCAACCUAGAAGCUGUAUUCUGCACCAGGUGAAGUUUGUUUGCUUGUUUAGAUUCUCACCUGCCCUUCACCCCAAAGUCCCAGGGUGGCUUACAACAAUGAAAUACGCAAUCAUAAAAAAAUAAAGCAGAUAUACCCAUAAAACAUGUGUAAAAGACAAUUGAAAACGAUUCCAUAUAUUUAAAACAAUGCAAACUUUAUUUAAAAACAAACAUAGGUACGCAAGCAAUUAAACGUAGUUUCAAUCCAGAUAAAUUGAGGGAUAAAGAUCUCCACUUAUUUAUCUUAUUUUAUUAAAUUCAUUUAAUAAAUUAAAUUUAUUGAAAAGGCUUGAAAGAAGAAGGUCUUCUGUAGCCUCCACGCUAUCUUCAAAGGCAGCCCCGGAAACAACGCAUUUCAGUAGUCUAGCCUGGCUGUAACCAGGUCAUGAGGGCCUAUGGCAAGGUCCGUUUUCUCCAGAUAAGGACACAGCUGGCGAUUCAGCUGAAGCGGAUGGGUACCAUCCCUUGAGAGAGCUCCACUGUGCUGUAAAUAACGUUCCACAUGAAUUCCUUUUUAAAAAAUAAAUAAAUAAACAAGCAAAACCUGUAGCUCUCAGGGUGCAGUUAGACUCCAGCUCCCAUCAUCCCUUGCGGUUGGCCAGGCUGGAGUAGAAUUAGAUUUCACAUGGUCUGGGCAUCAUGCAACCUGCAGUCACUCUCAGCAUGGCCCACUUCUCCCAGCUACCUAGCUCAUCACCCAUCCUCUGCAUCAGCCUUGGGCCCCCAUAUUGGACUACAACUCCCAUCAUCCUUAGCUAGCAGGUCCAGUGGCCAGGGAUGAUGGGAUUUGUAGUCGCAACAACAUCUGGGGACCCAAAGACUGCUCCGUAUGGUGGGGAAAAGACCGGGGACGGAAAUUUUAGCUGCCCCGGGAUCAUUGGGGAGCGCGGACUUCUACAUGUUCUCCCAAAAUCUCUGUUCAAGCGUUGAGGGACUUAUUCCCCAGGAGUUCACUCCCCGUUGAUGCAGGGAAGUUUAUAGUGUGAGGGGUGGGGGAAAAGAAUGGGGGAGACAGACAGGGAAGGAAAGGUUGUGUGUCAGAGAGAGAGAGCAGGAAAAGUCGUGAUCUCUGGGUGUGAAUCAGAGGGUGUGGGGGAAGUUGUAUGUCUGUGUGGAUGAGGGAGGGGUGCUGCCUCUGGCGCUGCCCACUUCCAGGGCAGGCUGCCUCCCCCCCCCCUUGCUUUGUGUAGCCUUUGUGCUCAUUCCUGCCUUAAAUGUUUAUUUGACUUAAAUAAAGGGACGCUGCAAAACUGCAACAAAGGGAGUGCCCAUCUGAGCAGUUUUACGAGGGCCGAGAAGCAGAAAAGGGGGUGGGGUCUCUCGUAAGCAGAGCCCCUCGGAGAGUACGAAGAUCAGCCCAAGCUGAUUGUGAAAAUUGAAAAGGCUUUCUUCUGAACCGACUAAUAUGAGUCCUCUCUCCUGGAGACACAUUUGCUUCAUCCUUUAUUUGGAAAGUUGUCUCACAAAUGAUCAAGCUGAUUUGUUUUACGGUUGUUCAAAUGAUAACAAAGGGCACUUUCGCCAAAUAUUAGAACACUACGGAGCUGUAUGGUCUUUUGAGGCAGACCUAUCACAGGAGAGCUUGGGACGCGGGUGGUGCUGUGGGUUAAACCACAGAGCCUAGGACUUGCCGAUCAGAAGGUUGGCGGUUCGAAUCCCCGCGAUGGGAUGAGCUCCCGUUGCUCGGUCCCUGCUCCUGCCAACCUAGCAGUUCGAAAGCAUGUCAAAGCGCAAGUAGAUAAAUAGGUACCACUCCGGCGGGAAGGUAAACGGUGUUUCCGUGCGCUGCUCUGGUUCACCAGAAGCGGCUUAGUCAUGCUGGCUGUACGCCGGCUCCCUCGGCCAGUAAAGCAAGAUGAGCACCGGAACCCCAGAGUUGGUCACGACUGGAAUUAAUGGUCAGGGGUCCCUUUACCUUUACCUUUACUACAGGAGGUGGCAGGAUCUCCUUCGCUCAAGGUCUGUAAGCAGAGCUUGGAUGGGCUACCUGUCAGGGACGUUGUAAUCGUGGGUUUUCCUGAAUCAUCAGGGGGCUGGGACUAGCUAAUCUCCGGUAUUCAUGUGUCACCCACACGGGCAAGUGAAAAAUGUGAAAAGACCUUGCAAGCCCAGGUUUUUCCAAUGCAGUACAGUACAGCGUAGCUGAAGGCAGCUUUAAUGCUUUCUUGUCAUUGAUUUACUUUUCAGCAAAAUGGGGUAGGGGGGUGGACAUUCCUUUGCUCUGCGCAGGGUGGUUUGCCUUCUCUUGCUGAGGAGAAACGUUUGUGAGGAAAUGAGCAAGAACGUAUGAGAAUGUGGCCAUCUAAUGUCGAAUGCUGCGGAGGGUGUAAAAACGGUGCUUCCUUCCAUGGGAAUGAGAGCCUCUGCCAAAGUGGGAUGCCUGAGUCGUCCCCAGGGACUGGAUCCCUACCCUGAUUGGUCGAGACGACUGUGAGAAGUCCGAGCAGGCGGCUAGGAAAGAUGUGGAUCAGUGUCAGUAUGUGAAACAGGAGGGAAGCCCCUUCUAUCGAUGCAUCAGUACGGAGAGGGAGGAGAAGAGUGUUUAUAUACCCAAGGCCCGGAUCCAGGAGCUAGCAUCUGCAAAACAAAACAAAAACCCAGACACGUUUCCCUGUUAACCUCGCAAUCUUUUUCAGCCGUUGUGGUUAAACCACAAUGGUCCCGCGUGGUAGGAGGUAUGCUAUGGGAGUUCAUUCCUUUUUCUGCUUUGAAAACACCCAAAAACGGCUUAGAAGAGGACGUGCCUUUCAAAAGAACGAAGGACUCCUCAGGACAACCUGUUUGUUCAGCAUUCGUCCUGGUUUGCUCUUGCAAGGCUUGCCACUGGUUCGAUUGCGGCUGCGUUCAAAGCGCCGCAACAUGGCUUUAAACGCUCAUGGCUUCCCCCAAAGGAUUCUGGGAACUGUUGUUUGUUAAAGGGUCCUGGGUGUUGUUAGUAGAACCCUCCCUCAUUCCCCUCCACGGAGCUACAGUUCCCAGCGUCCCUCAGGAAAAGAGGGGUUGACUGUUAAAACUGCUUUGGGUACUGUACCUCUGCAAGCCUCAGCAUGCACACGCACACAUACCCCGAACAUGCUGAUCCCACACGCACAGACACCUUAUUUUUGCUCCAGCCCUGUUGGCACUCGUCCCCAGAGUUUGGUAUUAGAGGGAGUUGUUUUGAAAUGGAGGGGGUCACUGACGUUCAGAAAGGAUUGCCAAAGGCCUCAUAGUGAGCUCAUUGCUGAGGUGAUACUUGACCCAGGGAUUUUCUGAUUCAUCAUCCGGUCUUUGAGCUGCUACUCUGCACUUCCUUGUGAUCUGUUGUUUCAGCAACCAGCUUACAGGAUCGAGCUGUUAGUUCCUUGGCUGAACUACACUUCUAACGUGUUUCGGUAUUUUUCUCACCUCCAUGACAGCUCUAGGAGGUCUGAGUAUCAUUUUAAGGAUGGGAAAUUGCCCAAGACAGCCUAGCAAGUCCAAGGAUGGACAGAGUUCUAAAUCCACUUUUUUAUUUUAAAAAAAACAUAAUUGGUAGUAUCCAUUACUUAAUGGCUUGAUCACUGAUUAAAAAUGGUAAUUAAUUGUGCCUCAGCAUCUCCAAAUUUCCACCACUUAAGCUCCUCUUCUCACUCUACAAUUCUAUGAUUUUUUAUUUAACGUUCAUGAAAAUUUCUAGCAAAUAUCUUGUUGCGUGCAAUUUUGACUAACGUACACAUUUCUGCAAACAGUUUCUCUCAGUAUAAUGUAUUUUUGUAUGUUUUUUUCACUAAUUUUGUCAUACAUUUACACACUUUUACCUAAUAUGUGCAUUUUAAAAAAAACCAACAGUGGUUGGUUGACGAACUGAAUCCCAGCAUUUGGAUAAAUGUGCAUGGGGGGGGCUAUGUUUUGCUUCUAUUAUUUUUUUGGGGGGUUGAAUUUGAUCAAUCUGCUUUGAAAGGAAAACUGAACCAAAAAUGUACCAAAUCCCUGGUCUGGAGGCACCAGAUUGGUAUCACAGAGGAAGAGGAAGGGCCGUACUCUGAUUGGCGGGUUUCCUCCAAGAUGUCUGACAAAGGCCUUUUGUAGUUCUCCUCCUCCAACUAAAGAAUACAAAAAUGAAAUCUGGGGCGUUAUACUUCCAUAAAGCACAGACUCUUAGCCAUUGCGCAGCUAUUGUCUUUCCAUUCUUCUGAAUGUUGCUUCAAGCCUUGAGGGAGAAAGUAUCAUUUUCCUUCAUCAGAGAAAAAAGGCUCAUUAACACGGCAGUUUUAGAAGACUUAAUAGCAAACUAAAAAAACGAUCCUUCAGAUAUGUAUGUUUGAUGUUUUGAGGUAACACUUUCACAAAUCCCUCGGGAGGUGUAACCGUGGAAUUUCUCUCACAGCCGAAAAGUAGAAACUCAUUAACUAUUUUGUGUGUGUGUGUGUGUGUGUGUGUGUGUGCGCGCACUUGAGAUGAAAGGCAUAUCUGGUCAUUGCUUGGUAUAAACACAUGUUCUAUUUCCAAUGGAUUAUAUUUAUUUUAUUCAUGAUUACAUUUAGAUCCCCGCUUUCCAAGGAGCUCAGUAUGGGGUUCGUGGUUUUCUUCCUCAUAGCAGCCCUGUGAGGAAGGUGAGGCUGAGAGACUGCGACUGGGCCUAGAUCGCCCAGUGAACUCCUCGGCUAAGGGGAGAUUUGAACCCUGAUCUCCUGGGCUCUCUUUUUGCACUCUGCUGUUUCCGUAGAAACUCACUGCCCCACACUGGGUCUCUUGUUGUCAAGGUACAAAUGCUACCCAAAACAGAAAUACAGGAGAACCAGGAAAGUUGGUGUUGCCCAGACAAAUUCCCAGCUCGUUCAGGGAGUUUUUUUCUAGCCUUCCUGACUGGGGAGCCAGCCUGGGUUGACAGGAGCAAUUGGAGACUGAAAAUGCUUUUACUGCUCAAGAAGAUGCUUCUAAACCAUCACUAUGGCAGCUCAGAGGGCCAAGGGUAACAGAGGGCCAUUAGGUCCAGUCGUGACCAACUCUGGGGUUGUGGCAUUCAUCUCGCUUUAUUGGCCGAGGGAACCGACAUACAGCUUCCUGGUCAUGUGGCCAGCAUGACUAAGCCGCUUCUGAUGAACCAGAGCAGCGCAUGGAAACACCGUUUACCUUCCCGCCGGAGCGGUACCUAUUUAUCUACUUGCACUUUGAUGUGCUUUCGAACUGCUAGGUUGGUAGGAGCAGGGACCGAGCAACAGGAGCUCACCCCAUCGCGGGGAUUCGAACCGCUGACCUUCUGAUCAGCAAGUCCUAGGCUCUGUGCCAUGGUUUUUCCAGUAGUGAUGUAUGGAAGUGAGAGCUGGACCAUAAAGAAGGCUGAUCGCCGAAGAAUUGAUGCUUUUGAAUUAUGGUGCUGGAGGAGACUCUUGAGAGUCUCAUGGACUGCAAGAAGAUCAAACGUAUCCAUUCUGAAGUAAAUCUGUGGCUCUGUGUUUUAACCCACAGCGCCACCCGCAUCCCAAGGGUAACAGUUACACGUGGUUAAAUUUGGGGAUGAGGUUUAGGAUAACGCUAUAUCUUGGCUUGCUUCCGGGCAGCCUGUUUAUUGAGCAGUUCUCCCACGAUUCUGUAAGUGGUAUAACUGUGCCUUAAUUGUAUGAUGAGGAUGUAGGUGCUAUUUAUUGAGCAUUCGUUCCGAUUAGUUUGCAGGGAGGUUAGAUGAAGCAGCUAAGUGCUAUUCCCGUCGUAACAAGUUUGUUGUUCGAAACCUCAGAAUCGACCGUAAACGCGCAACCUAAAUUUGCCAGCGUGUGAUUGAAUCCCACCUGAAAAAUAGUAAUAAAAUCUGAAAGAACCUUUGAAGACCUCAUCUCCUACCUACAAGAAAGGGAAGAAGCUACGCCCUGACUCCUCUGCAGUGUCCUCAAUUUGAAGGGCUGUCCAGUCCAAGUCUGCUUUAAAGAUGUUGUCGUUUAGUCGUGUCCGACUCUUCGUGACCCCAUGGACCAGAGCACGCCAGACACUCCUGUCUUCCACUGCCUCCCGCAGUUUGGUCAAACCCAUGCUGGUAGCUUCAAGAACACUAUCCAACCAUCUCGUCCUCUGUCGUCCCCUUCUCCUUGUGCCCUCCAUCUUUCCCAACAUCAGGAUCUUUUCCAGGGAGUCUUCUCUUCUCAUGAGGUGGCCAAAGUAUUGGAGCCUCAGCUUCACGAUCUGUCCUUCUAGUGAGCACUCAGGGCUGAUUUUCUUAAGAAUGGAUAGGUUUGAUCUUCUUGCAGUCCAUGGGACUCUCAAGAGUCCUCCAGCACCAUAACUCAAAAGCAUCAAUUCUUUGGCGAUCAGCCUUCUUUAUGAUCCAGCUCUCACUUCCAUACAUCACUAUUGGGAAAACCAUAGUUUUAACUAUACGGACCUUUGUUGGCAAGGUGAUGUCUUUGCUUUUUAAGAUAAAGCAACCCUAACAAGAGAGAGUAGAGGCCUUGGAAUUGCCCUCAGAUACUUAGCACCCGGACAGCAGAAUGGGCCUGCUCAGACCAGCUCUCAGUGGUGAGAGGCCCUGCAUUGCUAUUUAAAUGACUGCAAUUACAAACAAAAAUCCUUCUCUGCCUAUAAAUCAGCAAAUGCAAAUUCUAUGCAGAACUGUGACCUCUUUCGUUGCCUUUUUGUAGGGAUAAGUGGUCACUCUAAGAAUUAACAGCUGCUCUUGGUUAAAGUUGGGCAUGAGGUUGCCGGCAGUAAUGACGUGUGUAUAUCCUGGAAGCAGCAAUGAGUCGCAAUUCCUGUAUUUGCCAAAAAAAUUAAUAUCAGAAAUGAGACUUGGGUGCCUCUAAUGCUGGGAGACGCCUAUGCUCCACCCGAGUAGCAGACCUAUUUAUUUCAAGAUCUGCCAGUGCCACCAUCGUAAUGGGAACCAGGGCUGACUCAGAAUUUUUUCAGCUGCUUUCUAGAGCAAAAGGUGCACGCUUCCCUACGUCUUGUUUGCCAGAUUUCCCAGUGCCACGCAUGGAACAAGUGGCUCUGCUGGAGCGAGGAUAAUAUCGCUCUGUGGUUCCACAUGCUGAUUGGGGGUGUGGGUUCCCAACCUCUUGUCUACUACAGAGGCAAUCAAACGUGGCCCAUCCAUACUGAACUUCACCUUGAGAAAUGUCUUUAGCUAUAAAUCAUUCCGACUCAGAAUAUCACUUACUCAUUCGUGAGCAACACUAUUUCUUGUAAACCUGAAUCACUGGUUUGCCUGGCAAUUUCUGCCUCCACCUUUUCUUUUCCCACUCCCCCCCCCCUUUUUUUUUAUUUUCCUUUCGUUUCCUUUGCUUGCUUUUACUUCACAUGAAAUGAGCAUACUUGGGUCUAAAAAGUUGCCAGAAAUCGUUUUCUUUCUGGGACAAAGGAAGGCCGACGAAGCAACGUUCGCUACACUCCUCCUCCAUGGCUUCUGGCCAAGGCUGCUGAAGUCCAGGCUUGCCACUAAAUCAGAGAAAUGAACCCUCUCCUGUCUCACCCCCAGCAUUGAUAAACGCUGCCAAGACCACAUCCUAAGCUGGAACCCUACAGGGAAGAUAUGUCUCACAUGGCAAGACUCCUGUAACUGGAAUGCAGCUUUCUUCCAUGUCUGUCUGUCUCUCCCCUGCCCCACCCUCUUAGGGGAAGGGACGUAUCUCAGAAGCGUGCAGAAGGCUCCUGGAUCAAUCCCCAACAUCUUCAGGAAGGGCUGGGGAGGAUUCCUUACCUGAGACCCUGGAGACCAGCUGCCAGUCAGUGUAGACAUGCCUGAGCAUCUUCCUGUGUAUCUUCCUGUGGCCUGAUGGACCAUAGGAUUGAUUGCUGAUGUAAUGAAAUCAAUAAAUAGCCAUGGAGAACAUUAGCAAACUUUCCCAGUGUCCCUAUUUUCCAGGGACAGUCUCAGAUUUCCGGAAGCCGGAUUCCAGUUUCUGAUUUGAUCCCGGAAUGUCCCGCUUUUCCUUGGGACGUCCUUAUUUCCAUCGGAGAAAUGUUGGAGUAUGCAUGAGCAGGUUUUGACGCGUCAUAAAAUACCACCUUACCACAUGGGAUCACUGUCUCAAGCCCACUCUGUUUAGAAUCAUAGAAUUGUAGAGUUGGAAGGGGCCCAAGGGUCAUCUAGUCCAACCUCCUGCGACACAGAAAUCUCAGCUCAACUCAAGCAACCAUGACAUAAUGGCCAUCCAACCUCUGCUUAAAAACAUCCAGUGAAGGAGAGCCCACCAUCUCCCUAGAGGGAGUCCGUUCCACUGUCAGAACAGUCAAAAAGUUCUUCCUGAGGUUGAGUAAGAAUUGCCUUUCUCGUAACUUCGGAUCCAUUUCAUUUCACACCAUAGGUAGAGAAUUUGUGGCGUUCCGGAAGUUUCAGUGGACUACAGCUCCCAACGUCCUUGACCAUUGGCUAUGGUGGCUGGUGGCCUAGAGCUGAAGGAUUAAUUAAUUGAAUUAAUUUUAUAAUGAAAUUAUUUUAGAAUGUUGUAUUUAUUUUACUGUUGUUAGCCGCUCUGAGCCCGGCUUUGGCUGGGGAGGGCGGGAUAUAAAUAAUUUAUUAUUAUUAUUAUUAUUAUUAUUAUUAUUAUUAUUAUUAUAAGGAGGUUGUUAGUCCAACAAUAUCUGGAAGGUCAUGUCUUCUUCCUCCGUGUUCUGCAGUCUGAAGGGAAACCCUGUCUCUUGGCCACUCUCCUCAAAAAAUGGCAGGGUGACAGGAAUCGCCCCUUGUUCGGUCAUGAUUUGAAGUCAUCUAUCUCCUGUUGACUCUGCUAAUUCCCAUCACCAUCCUAAAGUAGGAAACAGGAGGGAAAGAAUUGUUUCGUUUAUUAUACAAAUGCCAACAGAUGCUUAAAGACUCUGUUUCAAAACCUGUGGCACAAAACCGUGACAUGUUUUAUAUGGUUUGGCGAAAGCUCUGUGUGGCCAGCAGCAGAAGGUAUCUAUUGAUACCUUAAGAGAAAUGUGUGCAAAAUGUUUGUGCGUGUGUAUGUGUGUUUAAAGCCUUUUAUGGGUCUGUUUUGAUUCUCAAUCUGUGCUGAUUAAAAAGGAUGAUCAGAAACAGAAACAAAAGCUACCUCUAAAAGGAGAUUUAAUCCUCGAGAAAAAGAAGUACUUCAUUUAUCGCAACUGUACUUAUCUCACACAGAGCAAGGGGAUUAUGUGAUAGCUUUUGUGUUCACAGUGAUUGUGGCGAGACAGUUGCUAACAUAAUAGACUUGCUGGCCUGCCGAAACCAAAACAUUUUUUUAACAGUCAUUCAGACUUUGCAUCUGACUUCCAAGGAGUGUGUUGGUUUCAACAAAAAAUUGGUCUGCCCUCUUGUUUGAGGAAAGGGGGUGAAGUAUUCCCCCAUAGGGAUGCGGGUGGCGCUGUGGUCUAAACCAGGGGUCAGCAAACUUUUUCAGCAGGGGGCCGGUCCACUGUCCCUCAGACCUUGUGAGGGGGCCGGACUAUAUUUUUUUAAAAAAUAACAAAUUUCUAUGCCCCACAAAUAACCCAGAGAUGCAUUUUAAAUAAAAGCACACAUUCUACUCAUAUAAAAACAUGCUGAUUCCUGGACUGUCCACGGGCUGGAUUUAGAAGGCAAUUGGGCCGGAUCCAGGCCCCGGGCCUUAGUUUGCCUACCCAUGGUCUAAACCAUCGAGCCUCUUGGGCUUGCUGAUCAUAAGGUUGGCAGUUCGAAUCCCCGCGAUGGAGUGAGCUGCCGUUGCUCUGUCCCGGCUCCUGCCAAUCUAGCAGUUCAAAAGCACGCCAGUGCAAGUAGAUAAAUAGAUACCGCUGUGGCGGGAAGGUAAACGGUGUUUCUGUGCACUCUGGCUUCCGUCACGGUGUCCUGUUGCGCCAGAAGUGGUUUAGUCAUGCUGGACACAUGACCAGGAAAAGCUGUCUGCAGACAAACGCUGGCUCCCUCUGCCUGAAAGCGGAGAUGAGCACCGCACCCCAAAGUCAAAUUCCACUGGACUUAACCGUCCAGGGGUCCUUUGCCUAUUAGACACAACAUCGAUGGUGUGGCGGUGACAAUGCAGGCUUCAGCCCCUCUCCCGAAUGUAGCAGUCUCCCCACGUAUGCCUCCACCAGCGGUGGUAGAAGCCAUAACCUCAAUCAGAUGUAGCAGUGUUGCAUCUCUGUUGAUCUUCUUCCAAUUUACAUCGUGCUUAGAGGAGACCCACUGAAACCAAGAGGCUCAAUAUAGUCCAUGCAGUUUUAUUUUUGGCAACGUGCAAAGCAGCCACAUUGGGGAGACAGCGCUCAGUCCGCAGCCGAGAAACCCACGCCCACUCCUGUUUGAAUGCACACCUGUGUGUCAACAUUUGUGCUUACACGCAGGCACGUUUGCAAAUUGCAUGUCAGCCGGUGUCCUCUGUACGGGGGAGCGUGGUGUAGUAGGUGAAAUAGGAAUUAUUUGAUAAGCAAUAUAUUCUAUAAACACAUUUCUCUAGCUACAUUUCCUAGUACAAAGAAAACACUUCUUCAAGAGGGUACAUAAAAGUAUACACUCAAGCACAUUUGAAUCAAAUAAUCAAAUACAUUUGAAACAAGUGGUUGUAGCAUUAAGGUACAUUCUCUAGGCGAUGAGAGUGGGAGAAAAAUACAUUUAGAUAGAAGAUACAUUUUGAUACAUUCAGGAAAAAGAUACAGCAUUUAGACCAAAGAUGUUCUGGAGGUCAAUGGAAAGAUACAACAAAAAGAAGGUAUAUUCUUAGUGAAUAGUGAAUAUUCAGAAGAUACGUUUCUUGAAGUCCAAGGCACAGCUUACAUUCUUGUAGGAUAUUAAAGCAGAAUACUAUAUAUUUGAUAUUGGUAGGGUCAUUUUCCUUUAUUCCCCUCUUUGACCCUGAUUUUCUUACAACAUAGGCGACCACCCUUGCGUGGGAAAAGCACUAAAUAAAAUCAGGUCCUUGGGGCAUCCAAGAAGCCCGAUUCAGAUUCUUUCAGACCAGACUGGAGUGGCUGAAAUCUAUUCCAAACCGGAUUCACUCCCCAAGUCCAUUAAAAAAUAAAAAAAUGAAUCCACUUUGAGAAGCUUUCUCCACCCCACCCAAGAAGGACCUCAUGGUGCUCACACACCCCAUCUCCUCCCUGUUUCCUUUGUGUCGGCACAAAAGAAUUUGGCCUCUGGGAUUGGCUGGGAAGAGAUCAGUGCAGCCAUGUGUAAAGUUUGCAAGGCACGGGAGCAAACGUGUCAUUAAACAUUAGAAGUCAUUCAAUCACACCCAUGUCUUCAUUGACUGAAGGAAAAAGGGGGAGAAGGCGAGUCUCCGUACAACCAGGCGCGGAGAAAGGUGGCUCUCUUCAAAGCUGCCCCUUUCCUUGCUGUCUGCAUCGCCUGCUUUCGUGGUGGGUGUUUGAGGAGCAGGAUCUGCUUCUUCCAAUUCUGCUUUGUGUUUCCUCCUUCCACGACGAUCUAGGUUACAUAACCCGCUUCCAGGGAAACUCAGCAAUUUGCUUCAACAAAUAGAGUGAAAAGGUGAAGUGCCCUGAUCCGAACGGUUAAGUCAGCUCCCAGCUAUUUUUAAACUUGCGGUUGGCCUUCCUGAAUACCUGCGUGCCUGUGAUGUCAGCUUAGGCCCAGGGAGAGAAAACUUAGCAGGCAGCGAAGAAGAGGGAUGGCAACCGGCGUAUUAUUGUUUCCGUGCGCAGAGAGAGAGAGAGAGAGAGAGAGAGAGAGAGAGAGGAAGGAGGGAGAGAAAAAGAGAGUCUUUUUUCCCAUAGAUUAAGUGGGAGGGGAAAAAUAAACAAGACGGCAGGAGGAAAAUGAACACGGAACAAUUAUAAUAAGAGAUGUCUUAAUUGCCUCUGGCACAAAAUAAGAGCUCUGCGAGAUGUUGGAGGCAGGCGCCACCUGCCGGCUACAAGGGGCGUUUUCGGAAAACAUCAGGAACAGAAUUGAAAGUUGGACAGCCAAUGUUUGAGCUGGGCAGAUGCUGUGCAUUUAAAGUGCACACAUUCCCCAAGGAAUCACUCCUCACAGAACUACAGUUCCCAGCGGCCCUUAAUGAACUAUACCGUUCCCAGAGUUCUUUGCCAGUGUAGAAAUGUGCUUUGAAUAUGUCGUGUUUAGGGAGCCCAAAUGUUGCGCUGCAGAACAUAGGAAGCCAUACUGUCAGAGCUGCUUCCAGAUCCUAGCUCACAGAGGAUCACGCUAGCCAGCGAUCAUUAAACAAAAGUCUUUAUUGAGUUACAGUUUCCAUUCUCAAACUGCUGCGUGCAACUCUACGUCUCAUGGUUAGACCGGCGAAGCUCCGUCUGAGUCUCCGCCCCUUGUACACCAACUUAAUAUCCUAGCCCUGCUCCACCUUUUCCGCCUGACUAUUCUUCUCUGGGUCCCUCUGCCCCCUGGGGUCUCUUCUUUCCGGGAUUCCUCUGACGCUGACGCUGACCCCCCUGACUCUUCUCCCUCCUUUCGGCGGGCUUUAGGACCUGGCUCCCUUUCCGGGCUGCCUACUGUGCCACCUUCCUGUGCAUUUGAACUGGGCGCGCGCGCCCAACCUUCCUCCUUCCUUCUGACCGUUUCUUCGCUCCCCGAUGGAGGUGUGGCCACUCCUGACGCGUGCCCUCCCCCUGUUGUGAGGCUGCCAGCGCUUGAUCGCUGGCUCCCUUCCUCUUCCCUGCCCUCUGGCGGGGACGCUGGUCCCGAUUUCCAACUGCUCCCCUCUGAGUCCCCUCUGGCUCUAUCUUCCUGGGGCGUCCCCUAGGCUCCCCCUUGCCCUGGCCACUGGUGCUCCUUUCUGUGAAUCUUCUGAUUCACUGGAAAGACUCGGAGAUCUCGGGUCGUCGUCAUCACUCAUCUUUUCUUCUGCCUCCUCCCCCUCGCUCUCUGUUUCCUCCCUUGCCCUUGCCUCUGCUCCUGAACCCCUGACACAUACCCUCCAACAUUUCUCCGAUAGAAAUAGGAACGUCCCAUUCCAUAAUGAUAAUUUUACUAUUUAUACCCCACACAUCUUACUGGGUCGCUCCAGCUGCUCUGAGCAGCUUCCAACAUAUAUAAAAAACAUAAUAAAACAUUAAACAUUAUUUUUUAAAAAAAACUUCCCUAUACAGGAUUGCGUUCAGACAGCUCAGGGGUGAGAUAACGCCAUACCCUCCAACGUUUCUCUGAUGAAAACAGGGACAUCCUGCUAUACCCUCCAACAUUUAUUCAGUGAAAAUAGGGACAUCCUAAGGAAAAGUGGGACAUUCCAGGAUCAGAUCAGAAACUGAGACAGUUUCUCUGAAUCAGGGACAUCCCUGGAAAAUAGGGACACUUGGAGGGUCUGUGUGCUUUCCACUAUUUUCAGCUAGAAAAUACAGGGUUUCAGGCAGGACAGUUUUCCGGCCCUACCUGUGGAUGCCAGGGAUUAAAUUUGGGACCUUCUGAAUGCAAAUCCCCUUCCCCUUCGUUUAUCAAUGCCCUUCUUAAAAUGUGACACGUGCACACCAGACCUGGACACAGUAUUCCAGAUGUAGCCUGACAUAGGAAGAUACCUGCUGGAUCAGAACCGAGAAGCACCACAAUUCCAACAGCAAUACCCAAGAGAUACUUUGAGGAAACCGCCAAGGAGAGCUCAAGGGCGAAAAGCUUCAGUUGCAGGAGAUUAGGAAUCUUUCUUUGAUUGCUUUGGGGAUUUGAUUUCAGUUGCUUCUUGCAAGGAUCCCCUUAAAGCAGGGGUCUUUUUCUCUGGUCCCAUAUAUCUAGACUACGUUAGGCAUCAUAAAUUGGAGAAACAGAGAUUAGUGAGCAGGGAGAAGGUUAAACUCAUCGCUGAGAUCUUUUGGACUUAUUGCUUUGUCACCUGAAGGCUACCGGAGUCAUUUGUUGAUUCUAGCUGCAUGCUGAUGCUAUCUUUUCUGUUGAGUUGAUGUACAAGCUUGAAAGGGGAUCAAAGCUCAGUGGCGCAGAACACAUGUUUUGCACGGGGGAGAGCCCUGAAAGCACAAGUCGGGGAGCUGUUAACCGACCAGGGAUCCCAGGCAUGUUGUUGAAAAGCACAGGUUAACUCUGACCCUGAGAUUCCCUACCCCUGGGCUCCUACACUGACGAUUCAAACCCAGCGUCCUACGUGGAAAGCUCAAGUGUUGUACCUGGUAUCUUCUGCAUUUGAAAGCAUGAACAGUGGUACCUCGGUUUAUGAACUUAAUCGGUUCCGGAAGUCCGUUCUUAAACCAAAACCGUUCUUAAACCGAGGCGUGCUUUCCCGAAUGAGGCCUCCUGCCGCCGGUGCCCUUCCACCGUUCGGCUUCCGUUCUUAGACCGAGGUAAAGUUCGCAAACCGGGACACUACUUCCGGUUUUGCAGAGUUCGUAAACCGAAUGGUUCGUAAACAGGGCUGUUCUUAAACCGAGGUACUGCCACUGUACUCUCCCACUGAAUGCGAGGAGAAAGAUGGCACAAUGUAAAACCUCUGGGUGCCCGACAGUUACACAGUUCCUAAGAAUAACUGCUGCCCCAUGUUGUCUUUUUUUUCUCCCUCCCACCCACCCCUCUUUUUGGAUUGCUGGAACGAACUGAGGAUGGCCUCAGCAGGACAAAAUGUAGCUAUGAUCUCACUGUCAGGCCUUGAGCACGAGAAGAAUGUGUAAUGAAACGCUGGCAUGCAUACCUGUGGUUGGGGUGACUGAAAAGAGAGAGGGAAGCGAGCAACUUUUUCUGUUGUUAAUUUCCAAACUCUGCAAAAGAGGACAAUCACCAGUCAGGCAUGUAUUAUAUCAGGCCUCAAAUAUCUUUUUAUUUACUGUAAGGUGGGAAAGAUAAUUUUACCUCCCGCUUUCUCCUCCACCUCCUCCCUGCUUUUUAAAAGACAAUUCCUUUCAGCCACAUUUUCUCCCUUCCCUGGAAGAAAUUGUGCAUGAUUAUGGCAAAGAGGCAGCGUAAAUGAAACAACUGAGUCAUGCUAACACACAUUACUCAUGGCUCGAGUAAUCUUUCCUUCUCUAUCUCAGUUCCUCCGUGCCGUAUAAAAGAUUACUUUAAUCUCUUAAGAACAUGACAGUGUCAGAAUAUUUUCUUUCUCUCUCCGCUCCUUUCUUGUUCACCUACACACACACACACACACACACACACAAGUAUCAUUUCAUUACGUUUUUUAAAAUUAUAUUUCCGUGCUGCUUUUCACUGACACAAAUCACAAAGCUGCUCACAUGCAAUAACAAUAAUAAGAACACCACAGUUGCAACAUGAAUCACAUAGAAUAAUCAACCAUCCAUUGGUAGUAAUUACAAGUCGUCAGCAAAACAGCCCCCUUCUAUAAAACACUAUUAACAAAACAACUAAAAAAAUAAGCUUAGCAGCACAACCACAACAAAAGUCAUGUUAUAAGGUUCACAAAGCACUACAGCACUCAUAAUCCACAAAACAAUAUUAGCGACAUGAACCAACUAACAACUGAAAACAAACCAAGCAUGGCCCUUCCUGUCCUCCACCCAGGCAAGUGAGAACCAUAGAAUAGCAAAGUGUGGAAGCUACCCAGGGGUCAUCUAGUCCAACCCUCUUGUAAUGCAGGUAUCCCAGCUAAAGCAUCCAAGACAGGUGGCUAUCCAGCCUCUGCUUUAAAACCUCCAAGGAAGGAGAGUUCACAACCUCGCGAGGGAAGCUCUGUCGAACUGCUCUUAUCAUCAGAAAGUGCUUCCUGGUGUUUAGUCGGAAGCUCCUUUCCUGUAACUUGAAGUUGAAGCCAUUGGUUCAAGUCCUAGCCUCCAGAGCAGGAGAAAACAAGCUUGCUCCAUCCUCUGUGGGACAGCCCUUGGGAUAUUAGAAUCAUUAUGAAGGAUACUUUCCAGCCAGGCAAAUAUACUCUCAGAGAUUUAGAAGCAAGGCUGGGAAAAGUUGUGGCCUGAGGGGUAGCAAGGUCCAGAUCAAAAUACUUGGAGGGUUUCUUUUGGCUCCUGGGCUUGUGAUUCUCCAUUGCUGGUGCAAACUGUGGAACAAGAAGGACCUUUGGUCUGGCUCAGCAAAGAACCAGUGUUCCGACUCAGCUUUCUAUAUUCCCAUGAGACCCCUUGGUUUUAACUGAUCUUAUGGUAAAGGUAACCCAGGGACGCGGGUGGCGCUGUGGGUAAAACCUCAGCGCCUAGGAUUUGCCGAUCGCAUGGUCGGCGGUUCGAAUCCCCGGGGCGGGGUGAGCUCCCGUCGUUCGGUCCCAGCUCCUGCCCACCUAGCAGUUCGAAAGCACCCUUAACUGCAAGUAGAUAAAUAGGUACCGCUUUAUAGCGGGAAGGUAAAUGGCGUUUCCGUGUGCUGCUCUGGUGCCGGUUCGCCAGAGCAGCUUCGUCACGCUGGCCACGUGACCCGGAAGUGUCUGCGGGCAGCACUGGCUCCCGGCCUCUAGAGUGAGAUGAGCGCACAACCCUAGAGUCUGUCAAGACUGGCCCGUACGGGCAGGGGUACCUUUACCUUUUUAUGGUAAAGGUAUAGGGACCCCUGACCAUUAGGUCCAGUCGCAGACGACUCUGGGGUUGCGGCGCCCAUCUCGCUUUACUGGCUGAGGAGCUGGAGUACAGCUUCCGGGUCGUGGCCAGCAUGACUAUGCCGCUUCUGGUGAACCAGAGCAGCACACAGAAACGCCAUUUACCUUCCCACCGGCGCGGUACCUAUUUAUCUACUUGCACUUUGACGUGCUUUCAAACUGCUAGGUUGGCAGGAGCAGGGACCGAGCAACGGGAGCUCACCCCGUCACGGGGAUUCGAACCGCCGACCUUCUGAUCAGCAAGCCCUAGUCUCUGGUUUAGACCACAGCACCACCCGCGUCCCUCGAUCUUAUGGUACCCUGCCCUGAUAUCACUCUCUGGUGAGGGGCAGCUUUAAAACAUUUGAGAUAGAUGAAGAAAAGGCAUCUUGCAAAACAAAACAAAAAUCUCUAGGAAGGUGGAAUUGGGACAUUGACUUCCCACGGAGAGGGAUACCCAGAAAGCUGGGCUCUCCUCCACCCCACUUCCCAGCGCAGUGGGUCUUUCCUUCUCCUGAGUUGGUGGGAGGAACACACCUCAAUUUGCAAGGGGCCGCAACAGACAACACAGCCACGCUCUGGAAGCCUCUGCAAGGAAGCUCCUGCCAAGUCAGAGCGGUGACUUUGUGGGGAUCACGGUUGGAUCUGUGCCUCUUGGAGGCCUUCCCAAACCUCAGACAAGGAACCUUUUGGGAACGUUGUCUGAGGUUUCUCAGCCCCCAGAUCUGACCUAAAAUGACAUUUAGGUCAGUCAAACUCUCGUCCUGAGUUUUUGCUUUAAUUACCGCACAGUUUCAGUGGGGUUCUUCCUAUUUCAUAUUUUAAUUAGGGAUGUUUGUGUUUUAAUGCUUGGCUCAUUGAAUUCCAUCCUUGUUUGUUUGUUUUUGUUUUUUUAAUUAAAUUUUUAUUCAGUUUUCUUUUUCAUUCGUUACAUACAUCUCAUAUCCGUAACAUUUUCUGUUCAUUCCUUCCUCCCUCCCCUCCUAGGCUUCCCCCAACUUCUGCUUCCGGUUUGUUUCUGCUUUCACCCACCUUGAUACCUAAUAAAAGAAAAAAUAUUAAUAGUAUACUUACACAAUAACAUCUGAACUAUAAACAUAAAAAUGAAAAUAAGUACACCAUAUUAUUUCCCUAUCUUCGACACAUUUUCUAAUACAGUGGUACCUCGGGUUAAGUACUUAAUCCGUUCCAGAGAUCCGUACUUAACCUGAAACUGUUCUUAACCUGAAGCACCACUUUAGCUAAUGGGGCCUCCUGCUGCUGCUGUGCCGCCAGAGCAUGAUUUCUGUUCUCAUCCUGAAGCAAAGUUCUUAACCUGAGGUACUAUUUCUGGGUUAGCGGAGUCUGUAACUGGAAGCUUAUGUAACCUGAAGCGUAUGUAACCCGAGGUACCACUGUACUAAUGAUGUGAAUGUUUAUUUAAAUCCUGCCAUCAGGUCUAUAGACUUUGUUUGUUUCUGCUUAGAAUCCUGUCUUGGUAAGGUAAAGGUAAAGGGACCCCUGACCAUUAGGUCCAGUCAUGGCCGACUCUGGGGUUGCGGCGCUCAUCUCGCUUUAUUGGCCAAGGGAGCCGGCGUACAGCUUCCGGGUCAUGUGGCCAGCAUGACCAAGCUGCUUCUGGCGAACCAGAGCAGCGCACGGAAACGCCGUUUACCUUCCCCCUGGACCGGUACCUAUUUAUCUACUUGCGCUUUGACGUGCUUUCGAACUGCUAGGUUGGCAGGAGCAGGGACCGAGCAACGGGAGCUCACCCUGUCAUGGGGAUUCGAACAGCUGACCUUCUGAUCGGCAAGUCCUAGGCUCUGUGGUGUAACCCACAGCGCCACCCGCGUCACAAAUGAGUUUCCAUUAUAUACCUUGUGGUUAAAUUGUGCGUCACCAGCAAACGCAAAUAUCAUGUGGGUCCCAGCCGACUGUGUUACACUCAAUGUAUAAGGGAAAGGAUCUGUUAUUUGAGUCCAUUGCUUUUCUUGGGGCCUGUGGUGAGUAAGACUGACAUUGGCCACAACCCUGUGACCAAUAGACCCGUAGAAUCGUAGCAGGGGUAUGGCAUGGGCGAGCAAGAGGAAUGGCAAGGGAGCUGAGAUUGUGGCAGUGGGUGGGAGCUGAGCAGGGGAGCAGUGUGGCAGUGCAGGUGGCGGCAGCGAGCAAGCUGGGUUUGCAGUGACCUGGCAGGUGGAGCAAGGGGUGUGGUGCAGUAGCACAGGUGGCCAGAGUCAGUGAGGUAUCUGGGCUUGCAGGGGUGCAACAGGUUGAGCAAGGAGUGGCACAGGUGAGCUGCAGAGGUUUGGUGAGAAAAGGGAGAGGUUUGGGAGGGAAAAGGCUUGGGCAAAGGACUAAGGGUAGGGGGCUUUGGUGGUAGGGGGUGGUGGAGGUUGGAGAGGGGUUGGCAAGCAAAGUUUGGGGGGAAUUAGCCCCUAGAAUGUAAGUAUGUGUUUAUAAAGAUAUAUACAGUGUUACCUCAGUUCUCGAACGAAAUCUGUUCCAGAAGCCCGUUCAAAAACCAAGUUGUGGCUUCCCAUUGAUUGCAAGAGCUUCUUGCCCUCAGCAGAAGCUGCGUAGCACAUUCGGCUUCUGAAAAACAUUCGAAAAAGGAAGCAUUUGUGAAAUAUACUUGGAGUCGAGAGUGGAUUUCUUGCUCAUAGUGGUGAGGAGGAAUGGAAGUUCCCCCAGAAUGUCUGCUUUAUAGACAUUAUUUACACAAUGGGCCCCACAUGAUGGGCUAAUUCCGGGAUUCUCCUGUAGGCCAAUCAGGUUGCGGAUUCACUUCCACCUGGAGCUGGAUUGGGUGGCUCCUGUGGACCAAUCAGACUGCUGCAUUCUGAAUCCUAUUGUUCUAAGACCAAUCAGACUGCUGCAUUCUGAAUCCUAUUGUUCUAGGACCAAUCAGACUGCUGCAUUUUGGAUCCGAUUCAACUCAGUACAUAACAAUUUACUUCUGGGUUUUUGGCAUUCGAGAACUGAAAUGUACGACAACGGAGGCAUCCGGGAACUGAGGUUCCACUGUAGUGCUAUAUCUCAAAGUCAGCCCUGUACCCCACAACCUCACUGUGGUUAAGUGAGGACGGAGAUAUUAAUUUUCCAAUCAGAAAUUGCUCUCUGAUGCCACCAUUUCCACCUGCUGUCUUUCAAAAAGUAAUAGCGUCAGGGAUGGGGGAUUUUUGGUGGCAAAGUAGUUAAAACCCUUCUUCCUUGCUGCACCCCAGUUUGUUAAGAAAGUAAAACAGAUCAUCACCAGUUACAAGCCUGCGUAUUGAAGAAGACACUAAGCAAAGCACAUGUUUUGUCUUUUAAGAUUUAGGGGCAGGUAGUAGCUCACUAGGAGGGACGCGGGUGGCGCUGUGGGUUAAACCACAGAGCCUAGGACUUGCCGAUCAGAAGGUCGGCGGUUCGAAUCCCCGCGACAGGGUGAGCUCCUCUUGCUCGGUCCCAGCUCCUGCCAACCUAGCAGUUAGAAAGCACGCCAAAGUGCAAGUAGAUAAAUAGGUACCGCUCCAGCAGGAAGGUAAACGGUGUUUCUGUGCGCUGCUCUGGUUCACCAGAAGCGGCUUAGUCAUGCUGGCCACAUGACCCGGAAGCUGUACGCUGGCUCCCUCGGCCAAUAAAGCAAGAUGAGCGCCGCAACCCCAGAGUCGGCCAUGACUGGACCUAAUGGUCAGGGGUCCCUUUACCUUUACUAGUAGCUCACUGGCAGAGCCUCUGCAUUGCAUACAGAAACUCCCAAGUUCAAUCUCUGGCACCUCCAAGUAGGGCUAAGAGAGACCCCCUGGCUCUGCUGCCAGUCAGCGUAGGAAAUAUUGAGGUGGAUGGACCAGUCAUCUGACUUGAUAAAAGGCAACUUCCUGUAUUCCUAUGAUUCUUGCUUUCAGACACUUUUACCCAGAGAAAGUGAUGAAAUGUUGGCCCACGGGAAUUCAGAAGUGUGUGUUGUCGUGGACAUUUUAUAAAAUAAAAUAAAAUAAAUGCAGCCCUGUUUGAUUGCGCAUGGGCACCCUGUAGCCCAGACAGGAAAUAUGUCAGACUGCCCCGGCAGGAGGCUGCACUGAGCACGUGCAGAAGUGAACAAGACACCACUUCAUGAUUCAUCACGGCCAACCUUUGUCCGCCUUUCAAGGCUUGACAAGGCUGGUGAUGAAGGGCUGCUUUGCUGUUGCUACAUGAUCGCAAGAGCAAAUCUGGAGCUUAAGGAAAGACGCAACUCUCUCUCUGGGGUCCCGAUUAUCUAUCCGCCAUCUAUUUCACAGGCUUCGAUAUAGUCUUAAUCACCAAGGUUUCUAAGCGGUGUACAUAAAAAAAUGUACAAAAAAGCAUAUGCAACAGAUAAAAUCAAUUCUCAUAAAGAGAGAAAAGGACCUUGAAUGCCUACUGGAAUAGAAAGUUCUUUGUCAAACACCUAAAAUUCAGCAGGGAGUUGGGGGCUGGUUCAGUCUUAGCCGGGAGGGAGCUCCACCAAGUCAGACCCACAACACUGAAUAUAUGGCUUCUGGUGGUUAUGAGCUGAGCAUCUGAGCCAUGCAGAGUCGCAGGGUCAGAGACGUGUGUGUGUGCUGCCCAGCUUAUAUGAAAAAAAGCAAAGUGCGGUAGUUUCUGGAGAAAUGAAAUAAUUUUUAUUCCUUAGUUUUGCCAUAAACUUCAUAGCAGUGAGUGGGGGACAUCUGCACUGUCUGUGCAAAGUGAAACCAGAUGAAUCCCAUUACAGGAUAUAAAAAGACAACAAUAUUAAAGGAAGAGCGUAGCUUGGAAAUGGAAUGCAAAGCCAAUCUGUUUAGCCAUAAUUUUCCUUUCAAAAUACUUUAAGGAGGACGGUAGUUUGCACAGGACCUUAGCAAACAGCAACCUUAAAAUAGCUUGCAACCUAAGAUUAAUCAGUCACUCACUUUAUAAAACGUCUAUUUAAACAAUUGCUCUCACCCCUGCUGUGUACCCAUCUGUACUGGUUCCUCUUUGAAAAUGGACUUUUCAAAUCUGAUUCAGGGGCACCAUUAGAUGGAGACAAAAGGAGCCCACUGUUGGUCACUGCUUGGACCAGGAGGUCAGUUUUGUCCCGUUCCAUCAGUUUCCCCAACUGUGAGACAUUUAGGGCUCAUCCCUACUUCUGCUUGUCCCAUGACUAUAAAGCACAGGUCGGUCGGUUUCCCCCCGCUGUGCUCCUUUCCCAUGGAAAACCCACUCUUUAGUGCUAAAUUGGAGCAAAUGUCAAUCUGGAUAAACCCUGAAUUGCCAUUUGUUCCGGCUGAGUGCAAAAGAGCAGUUUUCUCCAGGGGGGAUCAGCAGGACCUGAGGAAGUGUGGAUGAGCCCUUAGUUUGCCCCAUUGAGAACUAAAGGUUCCUUGACUAGAAUGAGCUGCCUUGUUAACUACCUAGCCCUGUCCAUGGUUCUGUUUCUUGGUCACAGUAGAGUGUGACAGAGUUAGAAAAAAAAAAUUGAGAGAGAGAAAGAAUAUAUUUUUGUGGUUUAAUUUUUUUUUAUUUUUAAAUGGCUUAUAAUGUUGUUUUUUAAAUUGUUGCUACCUGCCCUGGGAUCUUAGGGUGAUGGGUGGGUAAUUAAUUAACACAAACAACAAGCAAUGGUACAGGUUGCCUAGCGAAGCACUGGGAUUAUCUGUUGGGGAAGCCAAAGUUGCAUCUUGCAUAGUAGAUCCUGCAUUGAUCAGGAGGUUAGACCAGAUGAUUUACACAAUCCCUUCUGACUCUAUAAUUCUAGUACUUUUGGGAUGUGUUACAGUCUCUGGGCACAGAUACACAUUGCACCCUAAUUUCAGAUCCUUGGCAGUGACCAUCAAGCACAACCCUGCAUUGAGCUCUGUCUGUAGGCCAUGCUAGAGUAUAAUAGGGUGUCGGCAGAGCUGGGAGGAAUACUGGGAAAUGGCUUGAGACAAAUACAGUGGUACCUCGGGUUAAGUACUUAAUUCAUUCUGGAGGUCCGUUCUUAACCUGAAACUGUUCUUAACCUGAGAUACCACUUUAGCUAAUGGGGCCUCCCGCUGCUGCCGCACGAUUUCUGUUCUCAUCCUGAAGCAAAGUUCUUAACCUGAGGUACUAUUUCUGAGUUAGCGGAGUCUGUAACCUGAAACGUAUGUAACCUGAAGCAUAUGUAACCCGAGGUACCACUGUAAUGAGCGAGCGAAAGGAUAGCAAAUAGACAGAGAAGUUCUCCACCCCACAGAGAAGAAAGUUUCAGAAGUGGUCAUGCUGCAGUAACUGUGUGGAUGGUUUCUGUUGAUGUAGCCAUUGCUAUAUAAUUACACUUAUUUCUACAAACAGCUAUGGCGACGCUCCUGUAAGCUCCUGUUAGAAACCCAAGGUUUUCUGCUGCAACCACAGGAGUAGUCCUGUAAUUUUCCCUGUGCUUCUCUUAAUUCCCUCAUCCGAGUUUCUGCUGCAGCUGAACGAAGAAGGCCCCAUCUUUUAAUCAGCCUCCAAAAGCCUGAGGAAGCCCUGGUUUUCCAUUUUUGCCCAUGCGCAUCUUUGCGAACCUUUAUCUUCCUCUUUUCUUCUUCUUCUUUCUUCUGCAGGAUCAACACUCCGUGCUGAGCCAAAGCGCAGGCCCCAAUCCAACGUCAAACGCUUGCACGAAUCCAAAUGCCGCGAGCAGCUACAUGAACUCACCUCAGCAAGCUCUGCUGAAUCAGCAGCUGAAGCAACAACUCCUUCUGCAACACCAGCAGCAGCAGCAGCAACAACAAAAGAUACUAACUGAAGCAGUAAAUUUUCAGAUUCCCUAUUUUAUUUUCUAUGUAAAUCGGUGUCAUGUAGAAUUCAGAAGGUGGUAUUGCGAAAACAGCUACUGGGUCAUUCUUAAGUCUGCCCAUUUCACCUGCUCUGCUUGUAUUUGGAGGGUGAGGGAAGCUCCCACAGGAGCAAAUGGGAGCUUUUGUUUUCCAUGGGAGUGUUUUUUUUCCAAUGGGAGCUUUUCCCCCCAACACAGAUUGCAAGCGUGGGGUGCCAUUUCUUGAUCAGGAACACAGUGGGUGGCAGAGGGUUGAAGGCCCACCCCCAUGCCCUAUGCUAGGGUCCCAAUCCAGACAGUUAAAGUGCAAAUAGAUUCCCUGAACCAAUUGCACAUGGGAACAAUUCCCACAACAGACCCUCCCAUGGAUUUAGAGUAGUGCAAAACCACAGCCAGUGAGUGUGGGUAUUGGGGUGUGCUGUCUAGGUUAAACUUCAUGCGCAAUGCAAAGCUGUCAUACUCUGAGUCAGACCUCCGCCUUGUCCUCUCGACACUUCCCGGUGUCUUGUAUUUUUAUUCUUAUUUUUCAAAUAAUUUUCAUUUGAUUUUACAAGUAUAGAGUUACAACAACACAAAAUACAUAUCCAUAUUUGGAGAUUUCUCGACUUCCCACAUUCCCCUCCACAGGUCCUAUUAUAAACCUUUUCAACUGCAUAUUAUUUCAUCGUCCAAAUUUUAUAUCUCUCCAGUUUAUCCUUAAUAUCAUCUACAUUACAAGUGUUAUUGCAACCCUACUAAUUUUUUCAUCUGCUUACUGUAGUCUCUCAAGUAAAUUAUGAACUUUUCCCAUUCUUUAUUGAAGUUUUGGUCUUCUUGGUUCCUGAGCUUUUCGGUCAGUUUUGCCAUUUCGGCAUAAUCCAACAGCUUAGUUUGCCGUUCUUCCCUGAUAGGGACUUUGUCUUCUGUCCAUCUUUGGGCUUGUAGCAUCCGUGAGCCUGUCGCUGCGUACAUAGAAAGUCUUUUCUGCUCCUUUGGUUCCUGGCGCCUUGUGGAGUUGCCUGGAGGUCCUUUGAAUUGGGGAUGCAAAGGAAUUAAACCUGCCAGACCUUUUGCAUGUGGAGCCUCUGUUUGUUUGUUUUUUGCCACCGAACGUUCCAACCUUGCAGUGAUUCCUCAGUGCAGGUUCGCAGCCUGACACAGGGCAGUUGGGGAGGCUGUAUGUUCAGCCAUAAGGAAAGCAGGUUACAGGGCAGCCAAGUUGCUGGCGCACAGCAGCAAAGUUCCAUUUCCUUCCUCAGCAGAUGCUGGCAGCGCACAGGGACCACCCAUGCUGAGUGCCUGCAUACCUUCAGGCGACACUUUCUCUGCUUACUGGAAACCUCUUGCAGACUGCAGAGCUGGGCCGAAAAUCCCUUCCUUCUGUAGGAAGAGAGAACUCCUUUUGACAAUCUGCUGAGAGGGAAAGAGAGGGAGAGUUACGGCAUUCGAAAAACCACUUUUUAGCCAAUUCGUGCUGCUGGCUUCUCCCCUCUCCCUUUUUUUUGGGGGGGGAGGGGGUGUUAGCAGGGAAGCCUUGCCAAGUAUGUCAGAAGUAGGCAUGGAUCUUGGCAGCCAGUAGACCAAAGUCCCAGAUCCAGCUGGCUUUCUGGAAGCCACCCUCUCUUUUUUUGUACCCCAUCUGCAGGCAGUAUGGGGAUAAUAAGGCUGGUCUACCUUGUAAGGUAGGGGACGCGGGUGGCGCUGUGGGUUAAACCACAGAGCCUAGGGCUUGCCGAUCAGAAGGUCGGCGGUUCGAAUCCCCGCAACGGGGUGAGCUCCCGUUGCUCGGUCCCUGCUCCUGCCAACCUAGCAGUUCGAAAGCACAUCAAAGUGCAAGUAGAUAAAUAGGUACCGCUCCAGCGGGAAGGUAAACGGCAUUUCCAUGCGCUGCUCUGGUUCACCAGAAGCGGCUUAGUCAUGCUGGCCACAUGACCCGGAAGCUGUACGCUGGCUCCCUCGGCCAAUAAAGCGAGAUGAGCACCGGAAUCCCAGAGUCAUCUGCGACUGGACCUAAUGAUCAGGGGUCCCUUUACCUUUACCUUACCUUGUAAGGUUGUUGUAAAGCAUGGAUAGGGGACCAGUUGUUGUCGUCAUUGGGCAUGAUGACUGGAGCUGGUGGAAGAUGGCGUCUCAACACCAUUUGGAGAGCCUCAGGUUAGACAGUGGAAAGGACUCCCUUGGGAGGUGGGAGGUUUUUAAGCAGCGGUUGGAUGGCCAUGUUUCAUGGAUUCUUUAGUUUACUUCAUUGCAAAGGGUUGGACUAGAUGACCCUAAGGGUCCCUUCCAACUCUACAGUUCCAUGAUCCCUGUUGCGAAAGUUACUGAAAUAAUUGUGUGUAGUGUUUAGAACACAAUUGCUGGGUAUAGGUUUAUUAUUCUGUCCAGAUUUGGCAGCAAGGGGAGUGUUUUUCUAAGGCUAAUAAUGGCACAGUUUUCAUUAGAAUUGUGACUGGGGGUGGAAGGGUUAAAAAUUUCCUUCCCCCCCCCUCCCUAUGUCUUGAUGAAAAUAGGGAGGCCCACUACAUUUAUAAUUAAAACUUUAAAAACCUAAUGCAGUUGGUAACUGUGCCCUUAGAAUCACAUAUAGUUUUGUCUCAAGUUUUGUAUUCUCUAGCAUUUUCCCUAGAUUUGAAGCAUACAGCCAACAGUAGUAGUAGUAGUUGUUGUUAUUGUUAUUGUUAUUGUUAUUAGUAGUAGUAGUAGUAGUAGUAAAGGUAAAGGGACCCCUGACCAUUAGGUCCAGUCGUGGCCAACUCUGGGGUUGCGAUGCUCAUCUCGCUUUAUUGGCCGAGGGAGCCGGCGUGACUAAGCUACAUCUGGCAAACCAGAGCAGCACACGGAAACGCCACUUACCUUCCCGCUGGAGCGGUACCUAUUUAUCUACUUGCACUUUGAUGUGCUUUCGAACUGCUAGGUUGGCAGCAGCAGGGACCGAGCAACGGGAGCUCACCCCGUCACGGGGAUUCGAACCGCUGACCUUCUGAUCGGCAAGCCCUAGGCUCUGUGGUUUAACCCACAGCACCACCCGCGUCCCAUUAUUAUUAGUAGUAGUAGUUAAAUGCCUCCCAUCUGACUGGGGUGCCCCAGCCACUAUGGGUGGCUUCCAGCAAAAUAUAAAAAGCACAAUCAAACAUUUAUUUAUUUAUUUAUUUUAAAUGAUAUUUAUUGAGAAAUUUUUUAAAAUUACACAAAAGAUAGAAACAAGACAAAAAAAGAAAAAGAAAAAGUAAAACCAUCAUUCUUCAAUUUUCCACUUUCAGUACCUUCUUUCCUUGACCUCCUCCUCCUCCCUUUUCCUGUAUCCUGAUUUAUAAUAAUCACAGCAAAUCCUUUCCAUAAUUCAUAAUAUUCUGUCCUCACAUUACCUUAAUCUAUUUUCAUCUUAUCUUAUAUAUAGAAAAGUUUAGAACUUAAAUCUUAAUUUUUACCAACUUCUCCUAACCAUAGCAUUCUUACCUAAUUCUUUAAACAUUUUUAUAAGAGCCAAAUAAUUUCAUUUCAACAUUUUCCUAACAUUCAUCAAUUUUGUAAAACAGUCCUAAUGAUAAAAACAGUCCUAAUGAUAAAAAAUAGAAAAUUAAGCAAUCCAAUCUUCAUCCAGCGUCCCUUCCUCCUGGUCCCGGAUUUUGUCAGUCCUUUUUGUCCUAUUAAUCUAGCACAUUAACCUGGCAAUCUUAUAUCCGAGGCCCUCAAGUCUCUUCCAUGUCCCUUCCGCAACUCUUCUUCAUAUUUUCCUUUUAUUCGUGGGAACUCCAGCUUGGUAAUAUUUUUGACCCUUUUCAACAAAACAGUCCCUUUUCCAUAGUCCAGACUAGACUCGAUGUAGUAUUUAAAAACAUGUUCCAGAUUCCCUUCAAAGUUGAGAGCCCCCACUGCUCCAGACAUCUGACGGCCCCUUUCCAGACUCGAAAAGUCCAAAUCUCCCUGUAUAGGGGGGUCUAUCCGACCCCCCAUUUCCAAACCAAACCAAAUUUUAUCUUUCCAAGUCUGGUCUUUUCCAAGUUCAUUUGUCAAAUCCAAAAAUUUAUAUUCCUGCUGGGCCGCAGCUCCUUCCGUCUCUGGCGCCCAAGAUUCAGCAGAAUCCUCUUCUCUCAGCUGUUCUGUCAUGGCACGCUCCUGUUUUAAAGCUUCACUAUACACAACCCUGAUCCUCUCUUUGCUGACCCAACCAGUUCCCUGACACCCCGCCUGAUGUCAUAUGGGAAGGCGGCAGAAUCUGCACGUCAGAAACAUCUGCAAAACCUCCCCAUGCUUCCUUCUGCGCCACGGCCUUGAAACCGGCAUCGCAGGAGUCUCCCCCGAAUACAAAAGCCGUUCGAGCUGCGUUCACGUUCAGAUCGCUCGCCUUUUGGCUAACCAAGAGAAUGGGUUCACCUUCUCUUUUCUUUCUAAUCCUGUAGGAGAAAAUGACUCCGCAAGAUCAGCUGAACCGGCACUCGACGAGGCCCCCGCCAGAUUAUAAAGACCAAAGAAGGAACCCGGUCAACAUGCAGCAAACACAUCAGUAUUCAGGUAAACACGCUUGAAGGCAGCAGUAAACAAGAGGACAGCUGCCAAUGACUCAACUGGUUUUGAGUACAGUUGUACCUUGGUUUUCGAAUUUAAUCCGUUCCGGGAGUCCAUUUGUGUUAUGUACAAAGCUCGGAUCCUAGAACAAUAGGCAAGUAGGAUGCUAGAAUGCAACAACUGAUUGGCUUCCAGGAAAAGACCAAUCAGGCUCCAGGAGGAAGUUAAUCAGCCUAUUAGGCUGGUAGAAUCAUAGAAUGCAACAACUGAUUGGCCUGCAGGAAAAGACCAAUCAGGCUCCAGGAGGGAAGCAGAAUCAGCCAAUCAGAUGGGACUCAUUGUGUAAAUAAUGUAUAUAAAAGCCUGAGGUUUGAGGGGCAAUUAAAUCACUCUCUUACAAGCUGCAAUAAAGAGCAUGAAAUCACUACAGGACUCCUACAGGACUUUCCAAUUGGCUGCAGGAGUGUCCUGCAGCCAAUUGGAAACCACGCGGACAUUCGGCUUCUGAAAAUCGUUCAAAAACCGGAACAAUCACUUCCAGUUUUUGAUUGUUUGUGAGCCGAAACGUUCAAGUUCAGAGGCGUUCGGCUUCCGAGGUUCCAUUGUAUUGGAAAGGUAGCCCUCUGCCCCAGUGACAGUUUGCAACGUCUUUGGGUUUGGGCCAGUGACCCAUCUAGUCCAGCAUUCUGCUCUCACAGUGGCCAACCAGAUUCCUGCAAGAAGUCCACAAGCAGCACUUGAGUGGGACAACACUCUCCCCUCCUGCUGUUUCAGGGGUGGCAAGUUCCCCCAGAAUGUCUGCUUUGUAUACAUUAUUUACACAAUGGGCCUCAUGUGAUUGGCUAAUUCCGGGAUUCUCCUGUAGGCCAAUCAGGUUGCGGAUUCACUUCCACCUGGAGCUGGAUUGGGUGGCUCCUGUGGACCAAUCAGACUGCUGCAUUCUGGACCCUAUUGAUCUAGGACCAAUAAGACUGCUACAUUCUGAAUCCUAUUGUUCUAGGACCAAUCAGACUGCUGCAUUUUGGAUCCUAUUCAACUCAGUACAUAACAGUCUGGCUGGAGGAUAGAGAGGGAUGUGCAUGCAUGUAUAGAAAUUAAGCUACUGUGCAAAGGUAAAAUUUGCAUCCAUCGCUCAGUUCGCUUUUGCCUCUCGCUCCACCCACCACUGGCAUUUGUCCCUGAGAAGGGCAUGCAUCCCUCAGGCAGAAGAAGUCUCCCUGCCCCACUUACAAAGGGUGCAUGUGACGGACAUCUAUUUGCAAACUAAGGGUGCUUGUCUGGAAGCCAGGACUGGUAAACCCUACUCAGACCUUAUAAAAAUGUGCAGGAAUGUUUGCACUGGCUCCAUCCCGCCCCACCCCACCCCCCAGCCUCCAUGCUUUGGUUUUGUACGCCAUUUCCACCCGAAUAUGCAUAUGUGCAUUUUUAUUUUAACUGAAACCGUAUUGCAAAAUCAACAGACGCGUGCAGUCGGAUUGUUAGCUGCAUUCCACUCCGUGUGUAAGUCUGGGAGUAGCGAAUAAGGUCAAUGCACUUGGAAAUGCAGACUAAACUAAAUCCUCUGCCCUCCCUAUCUUGGAGUGGGGGCCCGAGGGGCUGUACCCUUGCGCCAAUUGUCAUUCCUGGGCGUGAAUUUAAAAAACGACACAUCCCCCAGUAUCACUGACUCACUCCUCUUGGUAUCGAAGGUCUGGUAAUGUUUUCUGCUCGACACUAAUUGGAGUGAAAUUUCUCCCCAUCUGGUCUAAAUCAGUGUGGCCAAAAAAAGGGGGGGAGGGUGCUAAAAAUAGCAAGCAGUUCAGAGGGGGGAAAGGAAACUUUGUCUUUGGAGUGAGAUAGAAAACCAAUGUCCCAACCGCGGUGCCCUUUUAGGGAACUCACGUCUCUUCCCAAAGAAUAUAGGGCUUGCGAGUCAACAUGUUCCAGCUUUGCUUCAAGAGACUCCAAAACUCUUUGGUAUCUUUUGCUAGGUCUGGAAGGUUGCUUCAUUCCAAUGGCGGAGGAGGCAAUUCUAGCCAGAAUGGUGUAGUGGUUAGGGUGCCAUUGAAGCCCACUGGGUGACCUUGGGCCAGUCACUGCCCCUCAUUGAACAUCCACCGAAGCUGAACUUUGAAGGAUUCAGCUCAGAUAAAAGUUAAACCAAGGGUGCCAACUUGAAUAAAAUAUUAGGGAGGGACCAGGUAAGCCCACCAUGCAUAAUGGAUCACGUGACGCAGUACACACAUGCCAUUUGAACGGCAACGCCCAUCAGCUUCAGGGUGGCCGUCCCCCUCAAAUAUUUUAUUGGGGGCCCAAAGGGACCUUGGCCCCUGGAAACUGCAGGAGGGGAGAGGGAUCUUGUGCUCAGGUCCUGGUUGUGAGCUUCCCACAGCCAUCCAGUCGGCCACAGUGAAAACAGGGUGCUGGACUAGAUGGGACAUUCCCCUGACCCAGCAGGCUCUUAGUACAUUCUUAUAUUGCAAUCCCAUUUCUUAACCUUUUAGCAUAUAUUUGUAUGGUGGUGGUGCUGCAGUUGCAGCCCACCUUAGCUCAGGCCACCACCUGGUAGUGGGUCCCAACCCAGCAGCGGAAGACGAGUGCUCUCAUUUCCUAAUGGGACUGUCAGUUCUGUGUCCAGGGCAGCUGUCUACCAGCUCCAUCUGGUACGCAGGCUGAGACCCUACCUGCCCGCGGACUGUCUUGCCAUAGUGGUGCAUGCCCUGGUUAUCUCCCACUUGGACUACUGCAAUGCACUGUACGUGGGGCUACCUUUGAAGGUGACCCAGAAACUACAACUAAUCCAGAAUGCAGCAGUUAGACUGGUGACUGGGAGUGGCCACCAGGACUAUAUAACACUAAAGGACUUUCAUUGGCUCCCAGUGCGUUUCUGAGCACAAUUCAAAGUGUUGGUACUGGCCUUUAAAGCCCUAAACAGCCUUGGUCCAGUAUACGUGAAGGAGCGUCUCCACUCCCAUUGUUCUGCCCGGACACUGAGGUCCAGCGCUGAGGGCCUUCUGGUGGUUCCCUCACUGCGAGAAGUGAGGUUACAGGGAACCAGGCAGAGGGCCUUCUCGGUAGUGGCACCCACCCUUUGGAACACCUUCCCACCAGAUGUCAAAGAGAAAAACAACUGCCAGACUUUUAGAAGACAUCUGAAGGGAGCCCUGUUUACGGAAGCUUUUAAUGUUUAAUACGUUAUUGUAUUUUAAUAUUCUGUUGGAAGCCGCCCAGAGUGGUUGGGGAAACCCAGCCAGAUGGGUGGGGUAUAAAUAAUUUUAUUAUUAUUAUUAUUUAAUGUCUGAUGUUUUAUUGUGGUUUUAAUAUUCUGUUGGGAGCCGCCCAGAGUGGCUGGGGAAACCCAGCCAGAUGGGCAGGGUAUAAAUAUCGCGAUGGUGAUUGUGAUGAUGCUUAGGGACCAACACAUAAUUCUCUCGUGUUCCAAGGACCUGGCAGGGCUAAGAGAAAUGUCCAGAGAGUCGUGCUCCUUUUCCUCCGGUAGGGUUGUGAUGGGAUUCUGGUGGGAGGGUUUCCCAUGGAUGCUCUGGCCCGUGCGUCCUGUUCAGAACCUACAACUAGAUGAUCGAUAAGAGAUUUUUCUUUCUCCUCCCGCCACCCUUUUCCCAGGUGGAUCGCCAGCCGUGAGCGCCAGCUCCAACCUCUGCUUUUCCAACUCAAUUUCAACUCCCAGCCUCUCGCCGCAGGCGUCCGGUCUUUUGACCAUCACUCACGGAGCCAGAAUGCCUUCCCUCCCGACGACACGCCACAUGGUCUGCUACGGGAACAUUCCUUGCAGCCAACCGAGCGCGUACAGCAUGGCUGCCUCGGGUGCAAGCCAAGUGUCGCAGCACAGGAACCCGAACCAAAUGAUCCCCAGCCAGCAAAGCAAUUCAGGAGCACCUCGGCAAGGGCCUCCGGGGCAAGGCAGUAAUAAUGGCCUGUCGGCGUAUGACAGCGGGCCCGGGAUCAGCUCUCAGCAAGGCAAACUCAGCUUGAACCAAGGGACUUCUUCUGCGCCAAGGCCUCUGAACGCCAUGGUCAACUCCAAUUCGGCAACUCAGACCUGGGCCUCACAAGAAACAGGAGCGAAGCAGCAGGAAACACGCAAGGCCGUGGGGUCCCCUUUCCCCACGGGCAGCCCCUAUACAAACCAGCCGCUGCAGCGCACACCUGCCCACCAGCAGUUUUCCCAGCGCGCCAUGGGGCCUGCUCCUAACCAGUUGGCCGCCCCCCAGAUGAGAACACCAACGAGCCAAAUGAACCAAACUCUAAAUGGGCAAGCGGCUGGGGCACCAAAAUCCCUGGGGGCAAGGCCUGGCCAGGUACGGGCUCAGACAGUGCCACACUUAAAUGCACCGGGGGUGAGCUUGGCAGCGCCGAACUCCUUGCCGUCAAACCAUUUCCCAUCUAGUAGUAGCCAGGCUUCUGCCAGGGCCUACCAGGGACCCGACCACACCAGCGACCUGGCGUUUGACUUUCUGAACCAGCAGGGUGACAACAUCGGGCCAGCACUCAACAGCGACCCGGACUUCAUCGAUUCUUUGUUAAAAACAGAGCCGGGUAACGACGACUGGAUGAAGGACAUCAACCUUGAUGAAAUCCUAGGUGGCCACUCCUGA